AUGGCACAAUCAGCACCUCCGAGCCAGGAAGAACCCACCCAUCUGGCGUCGUCGGGGAAGCAAUUCAGGAACCAGCUCGCUGCCGUCGUGAGGAGCAUCAACUGGACUUACGCCAUAUUCUGGUCCAUCUCAACCAGCCGCCCAGGAUUCCUGACGUGGAAGGACGGGUUCUAUAACGGCGAGAUAAAGACGAGGAAGAUCGCCAACUCGACGGACCUUACCGCCGACCAGCUCGUCCUGGAUAGGAGCGAGCAGCUGAGGGAGCUCUACCAGUCGCUACUCUCCGGCGAGUGCGACCACCGGGCCAGACGUCCCGCCGCCACCCUGUCGCCGGAGGAUCUUGGUGAUGCCGAAUGGUACUACACCGUCUGCAUGACCUACGGCUUCCGGCCUGGCCAAGGGUUGCCUGGCAAAAGCUUUGUGAGCAAUCAACAUGUUUGGCUCUGCAACGCUCAGCUCGCAGACACCAAAAGCUUCCAACGCGCGCUCUUAGCCAAGACCGCGUCUAUUCAGACAGUUCUUUGUAUCCCAUUCAUGGGCGGUGUGCUUGAGCUGGGGACGGCUGAGAAGGUUUUGGAGGACACGAACAUUGUGAACCGGAUCGGCACAUCCUUCUGGGAGAUACAAUUUCCUACAUGCUCGGAGUCGGAGGAACCGAGCUCCAGCCCAUCAGAAAACGAACCUGGUGAUGAUGAAGCCAACAUCGUGUUCGAAGAUGUCGACCACAACGCCGUCGAGGGGAUGAUGUCCAGGGAGAUCGACUGUCUGUCUGAUGGCAACCUAGAGCUGAUCACGAAGGAGAUCGACGAGCUCUACGGCCUAUGCGAUGAGCUGGAUGUGCGCGCUCUCGAGGAUAACUGGAUCAUGAGCGGGUCCUUCGAAGUCAUGUCUUCUCCAGAAGCGGCGUCGGUGUCAGACGCAGAACGGAUCACUGAUGAUGUUGUCACUCUAAGUUACUCAUUUCAAUCUUCUCGGUCGUCGUGUUUUACGCCAUGGAAGAGGUCCUCGGACUCGUUGGAAGAUGUGGCUGCGUCGGUCGCUGGAGAGUCGCAGAAGUUGCUGAAGAAAUCUUUGGCUGGCGGUGCAUGGACGAAUGGUGGUGGUGGCGGCACGGCAAGAGCUCGGGAAAGCAAUGUCAAAGGGCAUGUCAUGUCGGAGAGAAGGCGUCGCGAGAAGCUCAACGAGAUGUUCCUGAUUCUGAAAUCAUUGGUCCCAUCCAUUCACAAGGUGGACAAAGCAUCCAUCCUAGCAGAAACGAUAGCCUAUCUCAAGCAGUUGGAGCAAAGGGUAGAAGAGCUAGAAUUCAGCAGGGCACUCUCGCGCCCGGUAGAAACUGCAGGCCGGAAGCGACACGAUGUUGCUGGGAAGAUCUUGGCUGGAUCCAAGAGGAAGGCAUCAGAGUUCGGCGAUGCCAACACCGAGAAGGGGCACCUCUCCAAGAAGGACCACGGGUCGAGCAACAUGGUGAACGUCACUGUGAUGGACAAGGAGGUGCUUCUGGAGGUCCGGUGCCGGUGGAAGGAGCUGCUGAUGACACGAGUGUUCGACGCCUUGAAGGCUCUCAGACUCGAUGUUCUAUCCGUGCAAUCGUCAACGCCGGGUGGCCUUCUUGCUCUGAAGAUACGAGCUCAGCACGCCGAUUCUGCCGCCGUGGCACCUGGGAUGAUUAGCGAGGCGCUUCAGCGAGCUAUAGGAAAGGGCUGA